AUGGCUGAAGAUGACUCUCCUUUUGUCUCUCUUCAAUGUGCUGAAGGCACGUUGGACGAUGGUGCCCCGGAGGUCACCCUUGCGAAUUUCCUCGCUUCCCCUGGUCUCCAGGCUGAUCGUGUGCACGUCGUUGGGGCUGGAGAAUUUCCCUGGGAGACCGAGGAAGAAAUCACCACAGAGUUUUUCACCGACCAGGAAUGGGAGGGCGAAGACGCGCUCACCCUCUUUGCCUUGGGCCUUGUUUUGGUUGGCGUCGUGGUUGGCGCAAUAUGUGAACAGUGCUGUUCCGAUGGUAAAAUCUCCAGGAACGUGGGUGCUUUCGCCACGGCAGGUUCCUUGGUGGGACGCAUCGCCUUGGUGUUGAUCACGGCUCAAGGAUCCAUCUUUCUAGCGACUAGCUCGCGCGGUGUACUAGACACUGGAUUAUGUGAGCGGAUGUACUCGAGAGCGGCCACAAAGUGA